CGGGAUGCGGCGACAGCUGAUUGGAGCAAAGUUUCUCUUCAAGUCCAUGCACCCCCACCCCGCAGAUAUCCGAGGUCCGGUGCUACUGUGUGAUUCCAGUUGUUUUCACAUCCCCUCACUAACAAAGAGCCUAGAAGCUGCUGUCUCUUACAUCUCCAAGUAAAUGUGGUGAGUGAUGCGCAACUAACGAUUGAGGCUCUUGUAAAUCCAGACGAGAACGAAGAUAUUAAGAGCAAAAAGACACUGUGCUCUGUAGAAGAUAUAGCAGGUGAGAAUUUGAAAAGUUUCAGAUAUAAUUGACUAAACGUAAAGAGCAAAAAUGGUGUCGGCUGGACUGGAGAUCCUGGGACUAGCGCUGUGCGUACUUGGCUCGUUUCUGGUGAUGGUUUCGUGCGGGCUGCCCAUGUGGAAGGUGACGGCUUUCAUCGAAGCCAACAUCGUGGUGGCUCAGACAAUCUGGGAUGGCUUGUGGAUGACCUGCGUGGUGCAGAGUACGGGCCAGAUGCAGUGCAAGAUGCACGACUCCCUCCUCGCCCUUACCCACGACCUGCAGGCGGCCAGAGCGCUCACGGUCAUCUCCUCGGUGAUGGGCGUGCUGGGGCUCAUGGUUGUGAUUGCGGGGGCGCAGUGCACCAACUGUAUCCAGGGGGAGUACGUGAAAGCCCGGGUUGUGAACGCCGGAGGGGUCACCUUCAUCGUCAGUGGUCUGUUUGUGCUCGUGCCUCUUUGCUGGAUGGCCAACAGCAUCAUAUCAGACUUUUACAACCCACAGGUGCCAUCAUCAAAGAAGAGGGAGAUCGGCGCGGCGCUCUACAUCGGCUGGGCUGCCUCAGCGAUGCUGCUGAUCGGGGGGUCGCUGCUGUGCUGCUCCUGCCCCUCCAGCAGUAACUCCGGAUACUCGGUAAAGUACGCACCGACCACGAAGAGAGCCACGCCGAACGGGGGGGAUUAUGAUAAGAGGAAUUACGUGUAGUGGUUGGCUCAUAUCUGGCGGUGCGUGAAAGUGACCUGCAGCUUGUGAAAAACUUUUUUUGACGGACCUUUUCAUCUGCAGUUUUUAUUUUUUGAAAUCUGAACUCUGAAAAUCAAAGGAAGCACACCUGCUGUUUUUACACUGGCCUUUCAAUACGCUCGGACCACAAAUUCAUAAAUCCUAUUUUGUAUCUACAGAAGAUCAAAAAAGACUAUCAACUGCAAGAGGUAGCUCACGACAAAAAGGAGUAUAUUUGUUAGGUACCUGCUUUUGUAAGUCUUCGAAAUUAUUAGUGUUUUCAGUUGUUUAUCGUUGUAACUGCAAAGUUUUUUCUUUUUUAGAGGAGCUUUUGCCAUCGAAUAUUUACUCUGUUGUUUUGCCUUUAUUUGCAUUGUCAGCACAAACGUGUACAGUAACUGAGAAUGAUUGCACUCCCACAGUCAGAGACCCAUUUCGUUUAGUUGAAUUACGCCGACAUGUUGAGGACUCAAAACAAUGUCUAAUAGCAAUAAAGUUCGAAGAAGAAAGGUGUACACAUAGUAAAGCCCUAAUAAAUCUCAGAGAGGUUUUGUAUUGUUCAGAAGUUUAUGACGGUUCCUAAGUCUACAGUCUAAUUUUGGACUAUAUAUUCCAGACAGCCUGGGAUCUGUAGAGUUAAACACGACAUGUUACAGUCCGUUAUUUGGCUGCACUGAAAACCUGCGACGUUUUUGCAUCUUUGCCACUGCAGGAAUUCUUUUGUUUUCAGCAAUUCUAGGAAUAAACUUUUUUUUCUGUUGGUUUGUUGACGUCUGAUGUAAUGAUCAUUGUAUAUGAAGAUGCAAUAUUGUGUCAUUUUAUUAAGAUUAAACUGAAUAUAUUGAAA